AUGACAAAGUCUAAGAAACAAAAACAAAAGAAGAAGGAUUUUUUGAAGAAGAAGCUUAAAGUUGGUAAACCCACUGGUAAGCCUAGUAAUAGUACAGACACUUCUUUUACUGCUAGGACUUUAUCGGUUAGAAGUCAACUGGUGAAUAAUGCUGGCGACGAUCUGCGAAAGAGAUUACCGCUGCUGAAACAUCAUAACGAUAAAGUACGUAAGGAAACAUUGGGAAUAUAUAUAAAAGCAAUUCCGAAGAUAAUUAGUACACAGCUAAUGACACCGUUAAUUUCCCAAACUUCGCAACUUAUAUGUGAUGACUCAAAGGACGUUAGAGAGCAAUUGCUGGAACUGUUUGAUGAGGUAGGAAAACAUGAUGAACAAGUGCUCAAGUUACAUUGCAGAUCAUUAGUGCUGUAUAUAAACAUGGGUAUGACUCAUAUUUUGCCGAGAGUGCAGGCAGAUUCAACAAAAUUUCUAGGUUGUCUUUUGAAAUACUGUGGCCAAGAGUUUUGCGAUCAGGCUUGGAAUAAGUUAAUGGCUGGUAUAUUCAGAGUGCUAUCAUGGGAAACUCAGCACAGCAAGAACUCCAACCAAGCUGCUGGAGCAAUGCAAACCAGUAAAAGAGACAACAAGUUUCAAGCUGCCCACCUUUCCACACUAUAUGCGUUGCUUGAGUGUGGUUGUAAAGAACCAACAGUGGAGACAACAGAUGAAGACACAACGAGCAAUAUUCAAAAUUUUGAGGAGGUACAAUAUAUGACACCUAGUUUCCCACAAGCAUAUGGCUACCUAAAACUUUUCGAUAAGCAACUGAAGUCUUCCUCCAGCAAUAAAGAUAACUCUUCAGUUAGUAGUUCAGAUGCCUUAGAUGUUGAAUCUAGGAUAAGAAAUGUAGAGAACGUCUACUUACCUACUAUGAAGAAGCAAAUAGAGCAAAUUAUACAAGAAGGCGGAGAGGCUGGAAAAAACGCUAACAAUAUAAAGAAACUGAUAAGCGAGAUCUUUUCCUAG